CUCCAUUUCCGCGAACACGUUUCCGGCGGGCGCUGGGUUGGGGGUAAAGGGUUGCUGAAGAUUGUAACAAUGGCUGGCCGCAGAGCUGCUCUGAAAGCAAUAGACUGGAUGGCAUUUGCUGAGCGAGUGCCUCCUAAUCAGAAAACCAUGUUUAAUGCCCUGAAAACACGCAGUGAUGUUCUGUCAUCCAAGCUUGCUUCUUUGCCAGAGACUCCCCCAGCUAUAGACUGGGCUUUUUAUAAGACAGCUGUUGCCAAAGUUGGCAUGGUGGAUGAAUUUGAGAAAAAGUUCAAGGCGCUCAAGAUUGCUGAGCCUGUGGAUACCCAGUCGGCUAAGAUAAAUGUCCAAGAACAAGAGGCUGACAAGAGUGCUGCUGCCUUUAUACAAGCGUCUAAAGCCCGCAUUGUCGAGCAUGAGAAGGAGCUUCAGAAGCUUAGAAACAUGAUACCUUUUGAACAGAUGACACUAGAGGACUACCAUGAGGCAUUUCCUGAAACCAGGUUGGACAAAGAAAAAUAUCCAUUUUGGCCACACAAGCCUAUUGCUGAAUUGUAAAAGCUGGCUGACUGAAAGUACUUUGCAGCAUCCGUCAAUCUUCAGAAAUCUAUUAUUAAAUAAAGUAAUUGUCCUGGAGCCUUA